GAGUUCAAAGGCAAGUCAGAGGCAAUGCCUGAGCCCUGUUUUUUGGGUUCAGGUACUCUGUAUUCAUCACACAUUUCUUUUGGUGGGGUGAAAAGCGUGCCCAGUCUUACUUUAUCCUUAAGGACUCUCAGAGGGGCCAGACAGUUUCCCAUGGAAGACAGGUGGCAGCUUCCUUUGGGAUCUAGUUGCAGCCAAGCUUCUGAUUUGCCUGCUGAGCAUAACAGUUGGCAGCUGCUCUGGUGUGACAUCCCACAGACACUUCGUGUGUCUGACACCUCACCUGUGAGAAAAAAAGGUUGGCCUGGAGCACUCUGUAAAAUGUUAUGUUUUUCUAAAAAGGAAGAAGGAAAAUUAAAUACUUGUUGCAGCUUUUUUUUUUUUUUUUUUUUUUUUUUACUACAGAGAAAGGUAGUAAAUAACUAACAGAAGACAGUUGUUUCUAGUGCCUGUUUUUAGCUAAAAUAACGGGGGUUAAUUAUUAAACCUUUUACUUGGUCGCUCACUUGUGCUGCUGAUGCUUUAAUCCUGGGUCACACAAAGUUUAAGAGUGCUUUACAAGGGAGACUCACUUCUUUUUGCCUCAACCUUUCCAUGCUGACGGGAUGUUACGGGCUUUGCUGCUUAUAUUCUCUGUAGUUGCCAUUGCUCAUGCUGAGCUCUGCAAGCCAGAUGCACAGAAUGCUUUCAAAGUACGGAUUAGUAUCAAAACAGCUUUGGGAGAUAAUGCAUAUGUCUGGGAUGCUAAUGAAGAAUACCUCUUCAAAGCAAUGGUGGCUUUUGCAAUGAGAAGAUAUUCCAGCAAGAGCACAACUCAAAUUUCCAAUGUGCUGCUCUGCAAUGUGACAGACCGGGUGUCCUUUUGGUUUGUGGUCACAGAUUCUUCCAAAAAUGUGACAACUGUUCCUGGAAGUGAGGUAGAAGCAGCCAUCAGGAUGAACCGGAACAGAAUCAACAAUGCCUUCCUACUGAGUGACAAAACACUGCAGUUCCUGAAGAUAACCUCAACCUUAUCACCUCCUGUUGAACCCUCUACGCCUGUCUGGCUUAUUGUAUUUGGUGUUGUUCUUUGUCUCAUUGUGGCUGGGAUUGUUUUCCUCAUUAUUUCAGGGAUUCGGAAACACAAGAAAAAGAAUAAAGGAUCAACAGAGAGAGAAAAUUUCGAAGAGAAAGUGGAAGUGACACUAGAAAAUGGGAUUCCUUGUGAAGCACUGGAUAUAAAAGCAGGCCACGUUAAUGGAGUCUAUGCAGCAGAUGAUGAACGGUUCACAUCCCUAUGAAAUGCUGCCACUGCUCUGGUGGUUUUCUGAAAGACUCCUGUGCCUGCCUUCCCUCGUCACUACUCCUGAAUGUCAGACAUGAAGACAAGAAAAACGUCCUUUCACGUAAUUUCCCUUGAGAGAACCUUUUGCUGAUAACGCAUACACUUGAACUUCCACUACAGUUCUUUUUCACGAGCAACCCAAAGAAGAAGGCCUCAGAUAAUAUCCAGAAAAGAUUUCCAGAAGUGUGGCAGUUGGAACCUGCCUUGUGCCAGGCAUCUCAUUUUUAAUACAUCCAUUGCUUGUUUUUCUCUGACAUAAAUGUGAAACUGUAUUAUUCCUGAAUGUCACUGGGGAGAUAAUCUAUAAUUGUCAAUUCUUGAUGGGUUUUCUUUCAAGCCAUAUGCAAAAAUUCUCUGUAAACUUACUUCUGUUUGCUGCUAUGUAGUAUACCUUUGAAUGGAACAGUCAUAAGUGCAUGAAAGUUCUCAUUUAUUGAGAAACAAAAAAACAUCCACAGCCUCUGUAAGACCAGGUCAAAAUACCUGGAUCAUCUAUAGCUCUGGGGUUAGUAAAAAUCUGGUACUAGAAGCAUUUUUCAUUUAACUGUCAAAGUUACAGGUUUUGAGCUGGAAAUUAAAAGUUGCAAAACUCUGAAAUUUGUUGAAAUUAAAAGUUGCAACAAAGGGCAGAUUUUCCACAGGUGCAGUCAGUGUUUAGUGGCCCAGCUCUCAUUAAAUCAUAGAAUCACAGGCCAGCCUGGGUUGGAAGGGGUCUUAAGAUCAUCUAGUUCUCAACCCCCUGUCAAGGGCAGGGACACCUUCCACUAGACCAAGUUACUCAGAGCCCCAUCCAGUCCAGCCUUGAACAGUUUCAGGGAUGGGGCACCCACAGCUUCUCUGGGCACUCUGUUUCAGUGCCUCAACAACUGCACAGUAAAGGAUUUUUUCCAAAUAUCUAAACCUGCCCUCUUUCAAUUUGAAGCCGUUCCCCUUUAUCUGGUCACUACAUGCCCUUGUAAAUACUCUUUCACAGCUCUCUGGAAAAGUCUUGCUUACAGUUUUUAAUAAUAAAGCUAGAGUAGAUUUCCAGCAUAGGCAGCCUAGGGUCAGAUGAACCUUCAUGUUCAUGUGAUAGGUGGAUAACUUUUGAAAGGAUUUAAGGUGUGAAACACCAGCUUCUGGGUUUGGUGCACCUAACUUGGAUAAGGGAUAAAAUUCAGCCUAUCUUUAGAAGAACUGGUCCACAGAAAAGGGGAGUUCAGUGUGUGGGUAACUGUAAAAACAGAAUGGAAAUGUGUUGAAGCAAAAUAUGAUAUCUGCAGUCAUCAAGCAUCUGCCCACAUCACUGGAGGCAGGAUUUGACCAUUAUCCAUCCUGUUUCCAGUGUCAUGUUUAGAGGCAAUAUUAGCAAAGCUCUUUGCUUUUUAGGGUUAUUUCAUCAGGCUCCUCACCAACAGGAACAGGCUUAAACAGAGUAAAAUCUGCUGUAAAGGACCAUCCAGUGUCCUGAAGGAUACAAAGGAGUUCCCAGGGUGGAAAUCCUUCAGCCUUUUGGCUGUAUUGAGCACCUUUGACUUGUCUUAGUACUGGCUAUUAGGACCAGUGUCAGCAGAAAGGGAGGAAUGGGAAGGGGAAGGGGAAGGGGAAGGGGAAGGGGAAGGGGAAGGGGAAGGGGAAGGGGAAGGGAAAGCUGCAGGAUGAAAGGAGAAAGCUGGGCAGGGGAGGCAGGGGAAAGGAAGGCUAAAUACAAAAUAAAAUUCUGGAACCUACUAAUCAUUUGCAUCAUGUGGUCUCCUUUGUCACAGUUGUGUUUGAUGUCCUGCUUGUGGGUCCCUCCGGACAAGGACUGCAUCAUGUCUGUGUCGCAGUGUGGGCUGCUCCAUUCUGAAAAGGAUUAAUAAAAUUGGUUAUCAGUGAUAAUA